AUGACCGACCCAUUGAAGUCCUACGACGACGCCGGCCGCCCCAAGCCCGCCCCAGUCUCGCAAAAGGUCUACAACAUCGCCGGUAUCUCCAUCACAGUCUACGGCCUCGAGGAACUCCGCUCCCAGGCUACAGAUGUCGCAUGCCUGUGGCUCUUGCACCCCCGUCUUGCGACGCAGGCGCGUAUGACUGGUAUCGCGGAUGCAACUAUCAAUGACUGGAAUGGCAAGACUCAGGCUACUCCGUCGGCAAAGGGCUUGAUUGCUGUUGCUUUUGACCAGCGCAAUCACGGUGAGAGGAUGGUUGAUCCGCUUGCCAAUGAGGCUUGGAGGCAGGGGAAUCCUCGUCAUGCGCAGGAUAUGUUUUCUAUUUUCCAGGGCACCGCGCGCGAUACCUCGCUGCUAAUGGACUAUCUUGCUGCGUAUAUCUUCCCCAAUGGCGAGCAUAAAAUCUCGGAGAACUUGGUGCUAGGCGUGUCUUUGGGCGGACAUGCCGCAUGGAGCUGCUUGUUGCACGAGCCUCGUAUCAGCGCCGGUGUCGUUAUCAUCGGCUGUCCGGAUUACCUCAAUCUGAUGGCCGACCGCGCCCGCCUCUCCAAGCUACCCUCCUGGACAAAGACCAACCCGCCUGGCGCCGAGAUCCUCGGCUCAGAGGCUUUCCCGUCUUCCUUUGUGGAUACUGUGAAGCAGUAUGACCCCGCCGGUCUGAUUCUGGGUUACAUGGAUACUGGCGCAAGGAGCCUGCAACGUGAUGGACCCCUGCUGGAGCCGACGGAGCAACAGAAGCAGGAGCUGCGUCCGCUGUUGACACGGUUAUUGGCUGGUAAGCGGAUCUUGAACUUGUCCGGUGGUAUUGAUAAGCUGGUGCCGUAUCACCGGGGAGAAGCGUUUUUGGGUUGGUUCAAGAGCGCGGUUGGGUCGAAUGGGUGGUUCGCUGAUGGCGGUGUCACCUUUGAGGAUAUCAUUGACAAGUCUGCUGGUCAUGAGGCGACGGCUAAGAUGGUUGAUGAGGCUGUUCGGUUUAUCAGUGAAACACUGGCGAUGAGUGCGGACAAGACUGGUCGGAGAGGUUCGGUGCCGGAGUCGAAGAUCUGA